AAACGAGGAGAGCGGGUUUCAAUUUCAAACCCAAACAGUCGGAGGCUGAAGCUAGUGCUCGUUGCUAUCUUAAAGCAUUUCAGUGUAGAUUGCGUAGUUUGCUUUAUUUGGGCGUUAAACUAGCAUUUGUCUAGGCGCGGGUGUGAGCUAAUCGGGGUCUAGAACACACAGAAACUGCUCUUUUAAUUACACAACAGACCAACAAGCUAUUUCUGCAAGAAACAUGCCGAGGCCCAACAGGCAGCAGGAAUAUAAACCCGGUGAUCUUGUGUUUGCUAAAAUGAAGGGUUAUCCGCACUGGCCUGCAAGGAUUGAUGAAUUACCUGAAGGAGCAGUGAAGACCACUUCGAACAAGUACCAGGUGUUCUUCUUUGGAACACAUGAGACGGCAUUCCUGGGGUCAAAGGAUUUGUUUCCAUAUAAUGAAAGCAAGGAGAAAUAUGGAAAACAAAACAAGAGGAGAGGAUUUACAGAUGGACUCUGGGAGAUUGAGAACAACCCCACUGUCACUCAUGAAGGCUAUGAGUCUUCAAAGAAAGCCAAUGCAUCAGAAAGUGCAGAGAAUGCAGGUGAUUCUGAGAAAGAUGCUGCCGAGGGCAACAGUGAUGAUGAUGACGGGGCUCUUGUUAUUGAUGAGAAGAACGAGAGGGGAGGAGCUAAACGAAAAGCAGAGGAGCCCACGGAUGCAUCUGCCAAACGUCUGAAGGAUGCAGACAGCAAUUCGAAAACUGACAGCAAGAAGUCUAACACACAGGCUACGUCCAAUGAUGUGAGCGAUGCAGAGGAAAGUGCUGAAGCAGGAGAGCAGCGAACAUCAGAAAAGGCUGUGACAGAGAGUGCUUAACCUCAACUCACAAAAGGAAAACCAAGAACCUUCGACGUUUCUCUCUGGAAUUUAAGCAUCAGAAUGGUUACCUGCAGGAUGCGGAAUUUCAGCUGUUUAAUUAAUAGGAGAAUUUUAAACGUGUUUGUAUUGAAAGUCAAAUCCACAUUUGCCAUUUUGGGAUAGCUCAUAACCUCGAAACAAAAGUCUGCCAAUCUGAUUUCAAACAACUGAAGUGGGCGCUUUGAGGCUCAUUUGUAAAUGGGAUUUGGUGUGUAUAUAUUUUUUUAUUUCUAAGUGCAAUUACGUAAUUACAAAGAGUGGAUGCUAGGUGUCAAACCUUUUUUAAGGCUAGAUGGAAAAAAUACUGAAUAUAUAGUAAACACUUGAUUCAAAAUAUGUAUAUCCCCUACACCACAAAAGUUCAAAGUUUAAUUUGGCAAGUGUUCUCAUUUUAAAGGGACAUUCAUUGUGAUUCAGGUGCGAAAAGGAAAUCUUGAUUUUCAGCUGAAAAAUGCAACAUUGGGCCAAUGUUUAUUGUAGUGUCCCUUUUUAAAAUGGGCAGAUAUUGUAAAUAAAAUUAACAAAUUUCAACAAUACUUUUAGUUUUAGUUCCAAAAUGUAAUGUUCAGUUUAAUUUACCUAGCAUCUGAUUUUAAAGUUGUUUAUUGAAUCAUUGGACACAAGUUACAUGUUCAGAUAUUUUCUUCUUCCCCAUUCAACAUGAUCGGGUUCACUGUCAGACAUUUGUACGUAUCAGUAACUCAGAUUUUGUUGCUUUAGUCUAAUAAUCUAAUCUUAAUUGCAGGUGACCAAGUUAUGUAAUUUAUUUCACAAGAUCAUGUAUGUGGCAAACUUGGUUUUUUUUUGGGGGGGGGGGGGGUGAUUGACUAUGGUAUCCCCGUUUUGAGAAGAAUUAUUUUCCAAUUUAAAGUGUGAAUUUAUUAACCUUUUUUGGAGUAUCUCAUUAUGGUGAUGAUGUACGUCAUUGAAAGCGGAAAGACAUUCCAGAAUGUUAUCGUGUCAGUUCUUGGUAUUGAAAUGUUUUAAAUAAUGCACAGAAACGGCAUUUCUAUGGAAUUAAAAAACGAAAAAAGGAAAAAAAAAGUUAAUGGGUAAUAUUUUCCUUGGGCAAAGGAUCGAUGACACUUCCAGAUUGUCGCCUCAACUUUCAGUUUCAUUGUAUCGUUUCAUAUUCAGCUCAUGUCAAUGCUGCCAUCGCUUUGCACUGGAGAUGUAAUUUAAUUGCAUUCAGUACUCGGAUGAACCAAAUCGAAAUUUCAAAGUAGUUAAAUGUAUUGCUGAUAUACUUGUAGCCUAAUUUAUAGGUUAUAUAACUUAUCAAAUACAUUUCCUUGGAACAUUUUGGAAUGAAUCUACAGAGCAAAAUGUCUGUAAAAAGUACCAGGUCUCCCUUUCUUAACUGGAAUACAAACUCACUUAAAAGGUGUUCUUGUUUUGGCUGCAAAACAAUUGUGUGAUGUUUUUAAAGAUGUGCUUUAUUCAAACUUACUGACACAUUCAGUAUGUGAUAUUGCUUUACCAUACUGUUUAAGAUCUACUUUGGGUAUGUAAUUGUGUUCCAGAUUCAUCCAUGAAAGUUGACUACAAAUUCUUAGUCUGCUCAGUGUGGUGUUUAGACUUUAUAGCCAUUGCUUCAACAUUUUUCCUAUAUGCAGCACUGUUAGCCUGCAGUCAAACUAUGAUGGAAUCUAAGGGAAAUCUCAGUUUGUACACAUAGAAAUAACCCUAAUGAUUGUGCCUAAAAUAGUUUGUGCAUGACUUUUCCACCGGACUUUGUUACAAAUAUCAGUUAAAAAAAGGCGAGAGCUCAAGAUACCCCACUCAGAUCUGAAGUUGUAUUAAAGUGUAGUUUAUGUUUUUUUUUCUCUGUCGUCAUCAGAGCUGUCACUCAUCUUAAUCUGCUGCUUUGUUUUACUGUUGUAGCUGCCAGUCCAUUUAAUAAAUGUGUUGAUU